AUGGACGUGGCUGGGGCGGACGUGUGGGUGAGCACCUUCGCCCAGCUGAUGAGCGAGAGGAAGCCCCGGGAUGCCUGGGUCCUGCUCCCCCAGGAGAGCCUGGCCGCGGGGCCCCUGGACGGCAGCAGCUUCCAGUAUCGGCUGAAGGGGCUUUCAAGGCUCCAGUGCAGCCGCUGCCUGUGGGUCUGGCGCUCGGCGCACGUGCACAUCCUCUUCCACCUGUGGUGGGACGCGGGCAGCCGCCAGGGGCUGGUCAAGAUGCGCGUGUGGGGCCAGCGGUGCCGGAUGUGCCCCCCGGGGCCGCCGGGCCCCCGCGGCGACUGCCAGGUGAGCCCCCUCAACGUGUGGAUCUUCCUCAGCAAGCUGGUGCUGCACAUCCUGAGGCGGUGCUACGGCGACCACCUCAGCCAGUGCCCCGAGGUCCGCUUCGGCGACCGCUGCGAGGCCUGUGAGCUGCAGCUCUGCUUCCUGCAGACGGCGCCCGAGCUGGCCUGGGCGCCGGCGGCCAGGGCCGGGCACGCGGCCGGCUGCUGCGCGGGCGGCCACGACCCCGGCGGCCUCGCCGAGACCGACUUCCUGGACGGCGCCGCGGCGGACGGCGGCGAGUGCCCGCACGAGGCCGCCCGCGUCGUCUCGCUGCCCUUCUCCCUGGCGGCCGGCGGCCGGCCCGGGGGCGGCCAGCGCCCGGCUGCCCUUGGCAGGGGCACCCUGCGCCUGUUCGCGGCCGGCGGCGCGGCGCCCGAGGGCGGCGGCAUCCCCGUGGACGUCGGGGACCCGGUCUUCCACGCCGAGGGCCUGUGCCUGGGCGACGUCGAGUCCACCUUCGAGCUGCGCGGCUUCGUCUUCGGCGGCGCCGGCGGCGCGCCCCGCCCCGUGGGCGUGGCCAGGGGCCAGGGCCCGCUGUCGCUCAGCGCGGGGCUGGCGGCGGCCGGGGCGGCGCUGCCCGCGGUGUCCUACGUGGUCGGGCUCUCGGCCGACGGCCAGGGCGCGCUCACCUUCCCGCUGUCGGCGCUGGGCGUGCUGGGCGCGGCGCCCCCCGGCGAGGCCUGCUACGUCACCUUCCCCUUCAGCUUCGCCGCGGGCGCCGGGAAGGAAGACGCAGGCGCCCCGACGGCGCUGGGCGGCGAGGCAGGCAGCCCCGUGGCGGUCAGCGGCGGCUCCAUCGCCGUCCCCGUGUCGGCCCUGGAGCUGGUGCAGCGCCAGGGCCCCGAGCACGCGGCCGGCGGCCCGCACAGCGGCGGCCUCGCGGCGCACAGCUACUGCCGGCGGCGGCACCGGGCCAGGCCUGGCCAGCCGGGCUGUGGGCCCCACGCCGAGGACGAGCCGCACGCCUGCAGCGUGCACCGCCGGCCCCGCGCGGAGCCGUCCGAGGACUUCUGGAUCUGGGUGUCCAUGACCGUGUGCAUCUUCUGGCUCAUGUGCAUGUGCAGACUCAACUUCAGCAUCUUCCAGCAGCCGGCCUAG